AUGUCUACCACAAUCCGAUCUAUCAAGUCGCUCGUCCCGCUGCUGGACCGCGUGCUCGUGCAGCGCGUCAAGGCCGAGGCCAAGACGGCUAGCGGCAUCUUCCUGCCCGAGUCGUCGGUCAAGGAGCUCAACGAGGCCAAGGUCCUCGCCGUCGGCCCCGGCGGCCUCGACCGCGACGGCAAGCGCGUCCCCAUGGGCGUAGCCCAGGGCGACCGUGUCCUCAUCCCCCAGUAUGGCGGAUCGCCUGUCAAGGUUGGCGAGGAGGAGUUCCAGCUGUUCCGGGAUAGCGAGAUCCUUGCCAAGAUCAACGAGUGA